CUGACUUGAGUAGUUGAGUUGGAUUUUGGGUACAUUUUGUUCUUAAUUUGAUAAGAAAAAUAAUUAAAAAAUCGUAAUUAAAUUAAUGUUAACUGUUUAUAAAUAUAUUAAUUAAAUCUUUCCCUGACGUAGUUACAACAUAUAUAAAAUAGAUAAAGGUACUUUUGAUUUUUAUUAGGAACGCAAAUAUUUAGAAUAAAUUGUCUCUAUCGGCUGUGUAUAAAACUGAAACCAUGUAAAGUACAACAUAGAUCUUCAUCAAAGACAAUAGAAAAAAUGAGCAGAGAAUCUCACCAGGACAACACAGGACUCUCUAGAGAUACGCAGAUAGACUUAUUCAACUUGAUCGGAGGAAGCUGGCCCCCAGCGCCACGCGAGCCGGAGCGCCCCGAGUAUGGGUCAGUGCCUCGCAACUGUGGACGCACUAUGCAGCGUUCUUCGCAACAUGAACGUGUCAAAUCUGUGAACCUUUUGGCACACUUGGCACCCGACAAAAGACGUCAUAAACCAACAACCUCCACAACACCUCAAGUGAAGUCAUCACCAGAAGAUUAUAGACCAAAAAAAAUGGUACAAGACACUAAAAAAGUGGAGACUGGAAUACUUGUGGAUGUCUGCAGCGGGGACGCACCUGAAGAAUUAUAUGAUUCUCCAGCAUUAGGGUCCCCGAGGGCGGCUCCUGCAGCGACGAGGAGCUCACCUAUCGAUCUACAGGAAGAUAUCGGUGUUGGCUCUUUGGUUGAAGUUGCCACAGAUGUUGAUCAACACUAUUAUGGCGUCGUCAGGUGGAUCGGCAUUAUCGAUGACACAGCAACAGCGGGUGUGGAGCUAGAGCAGAGCGUGUGCGGUCUAGGCGACGGCACCCGCGGCGGCACUCGACUAUUCGCUUGCGCUCCGGGCCGCGCGCUCUUCGUUCCGUUACCGCUGUGCCGCCGCGACGCGCGAUUCAGAGAUACGCCGCCGCCGGAUCGCGCCGACUCGCAUGACACCGAUGAUUUUGAACAACCUGAAUGCCCCGUGGUACCCGGUGUGGUUCCACCCCUGAGCUCCUUGGGUGAAUUAGCGGGCAAAAAUCGAGGCAUACAGGGGCACCACAACUCGUGCUACCUGGAUGCGACACUCUUCGCUAUGUUCACCUUUACGAGCGUCUUCGAUGCGUUGCUGUAUCGUCCACCAGAACCAGAGGAUUCACCGCACUACUCGGAAGUGCAGCGAGUGCUGCGCGAGGAGAUCGUGAACCCGCUGCGCCGGCACGGGUACGUGCGCGCCGACCGCGUCAUGAAGCUGCGCACGCUGCUCGAGCGCCUCUCCGACGUGCCCGGCCUCACGUGCGAGGAGAAGGAUCCAGAGGAGUUUCUGAACGGUCUGGUAGCACAACUACUUCGCGCAGAACCUUUCCUGAAGCUAUCGUCGGGGCAAGAGUCGUUUUGCUACCAGUUAUUCGUGGAAAAAGACGAACAUGUUUCCUUGCCAACAGUACAACAAUUGCUUGAACAAUCGUUUGCUACUUCAGGUGUAAAGCUUAGUGAGGUUCCCGCGGCGUUCAUUAUCCAAAUGCCAAGGUUCGGAAAGCAAUAUAAAUUGUACCAACAAGUGUUGCCAUCUCCACUGUUGGACGUCACUGAUCUCAUUGAAGGAUUGCCUCGUCAGUGUGCCGUGUGUGGGACAUUGGCUCGGUGGGAGUGCAGCGCGUGCAGCGGCGGCGUCACGCUGGAGGCCGGCGCGCUGUGCUCCGCCUGCCUGCGGCUCGCGCACAAUAAGCGCCCGCAGCACAAGGCAACACCGCUGACAGUUUGCGAAGAGUUCGCAAACAUACUGGAAUCGUGUCCAGUGCCUCGAGUUUAUAUGGAGCUGUUUGCUGUGCUGUGCAUUGAAACUAGUCACUAUGUGGCGUUCGUCAAAGCUGGCGUGGGCCACGAUGCUCCCUGGUGCUUCUUCGAUUCAAUGGCUGAUAGAAAAGGCGAGCGCAACGGCUACAACAUCCCCGAGAUCGUGAGCAUCUCCGAGCUGGGCUCGUGGCUGGGCGAGGAGGGCGCGCGCGCGCACGCCUCCCCGCACGCCGCGCGGCUGCUCGCCGACGCCUACAUGUGCUUCUACCGCAGCCCCGACGUCGCCAUGUACCGCUAAAGGCUGAUUUACACGCGUUAAGUAGAUAAGUAGGUAACUAAACUACAUUUUACUUGAUUUUUCUGUCAAGUUGGUGGGUGGGGCUUGUCAAUUGACACGUUUUGACAAACAGUUGCAUAGUAUAGAUGACCCACGCUGAACUGUCCCACCAAACUCAAUGACAGGGGGGCGCUACCAUCGUUCAACUAUAUGGUUUCCAAUGGCAAAAAUCGGAACCAGCGAUACGGUAUUGACGGUGGCGCCCCACUGUCAAUGUCAUGGAUAGGACAGUUCAGUAUUUUGGAACUAUAACUACAUUUUUA